AUAGGGUGUUCCCAGCUCAUUCUCUUGCAAACUACACUUUGUCCUAGCCAUAAUUGUACUAUUAUUUCAACAUCUCCUCUUUCUCUCUUCCUUCUCAUUAAAGAGAAGUUAAUUAAUUUCUCUUUGUUGAAGAUUAAUUGUCUUUUUUUGGCAUAAAGUAUAAUGGGAGGAACUUCUUCUCCUUGUGCAUCCUGCAAAUUAUUAAGACGUCGCUGUGCAAAGGACUGCAUAUUUGCUCCUUAUUUUCCACCAGAUGACCCCCACAAGUUUGCCAUUGUUCACAAGAUCUUUGGUGCUAGCAACAUUAGCAAGAUGCUACAGGAACUUCCAAUACAGCAGAGGGCAGAUGCAGUCAACAGUUUAGUGUAUGAAGCAAAUGCAAGAAUGAGAGAUCCUGUUUAUGGUUGUGUUGGUGCUAUCUCUUAUUUGCAGAAUCAAGUCUCCCAGUUAGAAAUGCAACUUGCUGUGGCCCAAGCAGAGAUAUUAUGCAUCCAAAUGCAACAUGAAGAGGAGCCUUCUCCUAACAAUAAUUAUUUGCCUGAAUGUCAAAUGGAACAUAUUGAUAAUAAUAAUCUGCAGCAGUACCUCAGUUUUCCAAAUUCCUCCACCAGUUUAAGUGUAAUGCAAGAUCCUCUGAAAAGAGAUCACUCUCUCUGGACUUAAUUAUUUGUUCAUCUUGUUGUAACACCGUGUUUUGGACUUUUAACAAAUGAAGUGUUGUUGCACUUUUAG